CCCGACGCUUUUCCACGUCGCGCGCCCAACGGUUGAGGCAGGGGAGGCUGCGCGCGUUCGUGCUUAGGCCGGGAAAAAAUGGCGGCGCCCGUCUUGCGAGUGUCCACCCCUCGCUGGGAGCGGAUAGUCAGGCUUCUCGUGUGUCUCUCAGGAAUCCUGAUAUCCCUGUACGCUUUCCAUGUGGAGAGGGAAAAGACUCGCGACGCCAGUUACCGCGCCAUGUGCGACCUGAGCAGCUCCAUCAGCUGCUCCAAAGUCUUCACGUCCAGAUGGGGUCGAGGAUUUGGACUGUUGGGAUCCAUUUUUGGGAACGACAGUGCAGUAAACCAGCCAAACAGUGUCUAUGGGAUUUUCUUUUAUGUCUUUCAGCUGUUACUAGGUUUGACGGCCAGUGCGAUGGCCGCUUUGAUUCUCAUGACCACCUCCAUCGCGUCGGUGAUGGGCUCCCUGUACCUGGGCUACAUUCUCUACUUCGUCCUUAAGGACUUCUGCUUCAUCUGCGUCACCACGUACCUACUGAACUUCAUCUUGUUUGUGCUCAACUACAAGCGACUGGUUUACUUGAACGAGGCCUGGAAGCAGCAGCUCCAAGACAAGCGGGACUAGACACACAACAACAACCACAACAAGUAUAGAAGGAUAACAAAUCAUCCAACACGUGCGGAAAAUGUGACCUCUGAAAAUUUGUGACUUGCCACCAGGAGACCUUGCUUCCAAACAAAUGUUCAUUCUGUUGCGUGCGUGUGUGUGUGUGUGUGUGUGUGCGCGCGUGUGUGUGUGUG